AUGGAGAAUCACGACUCCACAUUACCUAAUGCAAAUAAUGCUAAUCCCUACCCCUACGACACAGCUCACGUGAGCGAGCUACUCAAGCGCAAGCGUCGCGUGCGCGGUAUCAAAUCGUGUUUUCCUUGUCGGCAUCGCAAGGUCCGGUGUGAUGGGAGUUUUCCGUGCGUGAGUUGUUUGAAGAGGGGUCAUCCUGAGCUUUGUCGAUUACCGGGACGAGGAAAUGAUGUUGGUGGUGAAAUUACUUCUCCAGGUGAAGGAGUAAGCGAAGAAAAUGAGUGCAAUCAUGGAGCACAGCAUGCAUCACUGGCUUCUCACGACCAAUCCAACACCCAAUCAAUCGACCAUAUGAUAGCCCGACUCUCCAAGAUCGAAGACCAAAUCUCUUCUUUAAAGGCAGAUUUACUCCAGACGCGCACUGCUUCAACAUCUUCACCACCAACCUUACAUCCAUAUCCAAGUGUAAAUCCUAAUCCCAACCCUGACCUCCCAUCCAACUCUAGCAAAUCCUCAGGCAAACACUUCGUGGAAGAUGCUACAGGCGCAACUAUCUUCCUUGGAAGUCACUCUGAUAUCCCAGCGGCACUGGGAUGCAGACAGCCAUCGCGGGACAUGGCUUUGACUGAUGCACUAGUUCUGGAUCAACUCGUACCGCGGACUUAUCCGUUUACGUCUCUCUGGGGCCCCGAGGCCGGGACGGGGGAGAUUUGCAUGACGUUGCCGGAUGAUUCGGAUAUUAUUCGGUACUGGCAAGUGUAUCAAACGAGUGCGUACCCGUUUUACCCGGGGCUCGUGACAUUUUCGCAAUUCGAAGCUGCGCUGUUUGCGUUCCUGGACCAGCGUGCCAAUGCGUCUCGCGGUAAUGAGCUAUCUGCACUGGACGAUGUCGAUCCGUCGUGGCUGGCUUUGCUGUUCGCUGUGUUGGCGGGUGGGGUGCAGUUCUCAGAUGAUCCGAUUAAAGAGCGAGACCUUCGGUCGAAAGUUUUUAUCUGCUCAUCUUUCCAGUGUCUUCGAAUCUCGAAUUUCUUCAAUAAUACAGAUAUAAACCAGAUUCAGGCCAUGGCACUGAUAGGGCACUGUUUGAGAAAUAACCUGGAUACAAAUAGUGCAUGGAUUCUUAUGGGCGCUACUAUGCGCCUUGCACAGAGUAUAGGACUCCACGAAGAGAAUUCCUCUCCCGAAUCCUCAGCAGACCACUACCACCGCAGAAGACUCUGGUGGAUCCUCCUCUGGCAAGACACAUUCCUCUCAUUCACCUACGACCGCCCACCCAGCACAAUAACCCACAGCAGCUCCAUCCCACAUAACCCAGAAAGCAAAACCAAAACCAAAUCAGGCUACACAUUCGCCGAAAGCAUCUUCGCCCUCUGCCAAAUCCUCCUCGAUCGCGCCCGCCACCAACCAACAGAUACUCUCACAACCACAACACUAGCAUACAAACACCGGAUCCAAAAUAUCUGGAACGACGCAGCACCCUUCCUAAUCGACAAGUCCGCCUGUCGCACGUUACAAGACCAUCUCGAGCGGCUAGCGCUGCAUGUACACAUAAACUACGGCGUCUGCCGACUCACCCGUCUCAUCCUCGAAUCCGUAUCAGACAGCACCGGCGCAGCAGCAAAAGGAACCGACAUCGACAUCGAUAUCCCCGCUUUAAAAACCGAAACAAUCCAACACGCCGCCGAUGCUGUCUCGAAUUUCCUCGAUAUGCAUCGACUAUCCGCGAACGUCUGUCGAUCAUGGGCAUUUGUGCAUAACGCCGUGAGUUUUUCGGGACGAUGGGGGUCGGGGGGGGAAUAUGCCGGACUUGUGGGGCGGUUGAUUGGUGUUUUGGAGAAGGAGGAGCGGAUGUCAUCGUGGGAAGAUGCAGAUGCGAAUGUUAGGUGUUUUGGGCCUUAUUCGAGGGCGUUGAGGGCGUUGAGGGAGAGCGAGUUGGGGGGGUUUGGGGUUGGUGGGUAG